AUGGCGCCCCCCCUGCUUGUGUCUCGUAGGUCUCGGAUCCGCAGAGAACUGUUUAUUGAGGAGAUUCAGGCCGGGAGCCAGGGCCAGGCCGGGGCCAGCGACUCGCCGUCGGCCCGGAGCGGCCGGGCAGCGCCCAGCUCGGAGGGCGACAGCUGCGACGGCGUGGAGGCCGCCGAGGGCCCGGGCGCCGCGGAUGCCGAAGAGUCGGGCGGCCCCGCGGCCGCCGCCAAGUCUCAGGGAGGGCCGGCCGAGGCGGCCGCGGCCCCGGAGGAGCGGGAGGAGGCGCCGCGGCCGGCGGAGAAGGCGGAGCCGCCGCCCUCGGGGACCCCGGCCCCUGACGCCGCCACCGACGAGAGCCGGCCCCGGGCGCCGCCGCCGCCGCCGCCGCCGCCCGAGGGCCCCGCGGACGGCCCGGGGCCCGUGCCAAACCCCGCCGCCGCCGCGCCCGCGGCCGGGGAGGACGCCGCUACCUCAGCCGCCCCGCCGGGGGAGGGCCCGUGCAGGGCCCGGGACGGCGCCGACAGGAGUUCCGCUUUGCCAAGCACCAGCGCGCCCGCGGCCGCCCGCAGGCCCAGCUCGCUGCAGAGCCUCUUCGGCCUCCCAGAGGCGGCCGGCGCCAGGGACUCGCGAGACAACCCCUUGAGGAAGAAGAAGGCCGCGAACUUGAACAGCAUAAUCCACCGCCUGGAGAAGGCCGCCAGCCGGGAGGAGCCCAUCGAAUGGGAGUUCUGAGAGGGCGCCGCCCGCCCGUCCCGCCGAGCCGGGCCGAGUCUGGCCGAGCCGGGCCGCACCUGACCGGGCAGGGCCGAGUCGGGCCGAGCUGGGCCGAGUCGAGCCGAGCUGGGCCGAGUCGAGCCGAGUCUGGCCGAGCCGGGCCGAACCGGGCCGGGCAGGAGGGGGGGGCGCCGACUCCGCGGCCUGGACCUUGUUGCGCACUUACCGCCCUGCGGGCCACAGGGCAAAAUCGCCAUAGGCCAAGGUGCAUAUAGAAAACAAAGGAGCAUUAAGCCCAAUCUAUGUCGUGUUUUCAAGGAAGAAAACGGAAAUGUGUAGUCGAGCUUUUUUGUACCCUGAAGUGUUUUUUUUAUUGCCCUAAGUGAUUUCCACAGGUUCUGGAAUAACUCUUACAGCUUUGCCUUGCGCCCUCCUCUUUCGUGUGGGCUUUAAAAAAAAAAAAAAAAAAUCAAACCCACAUAUUAAAAGGGGGCUUUUUAUCUGCCAUCUAAUGGCUUCAGAGCGAUAAUACACUAUUAUCUUCUUAAACCAGGAAAAAAAGGGGGGGGGGAUUUUUCAGAAAAAUUUAAAAAGAAAGUUUUUGUAGCUGUUCAGUUGCCACUAAGAGAUUGCACAGUCAAACCGACUCUAAACACACUAGUUUGGAUUCCUAAAUAUUUUCAAGCAAAGAAUCUUCUCCUUUGAAACUUUGAAUUAAAGUAAAACACAUUUACUUCACAUAUUUUUUAACGAAAAGAAAAGUCACAUCAGGAAACUAUCUGAUUUUGUGGUAGCUGACGUAGUGUUUUCUUGUACGUGAAUAGAAUCCUGACAUGUAGUGCACAUUGAUCCAUAGCUUUAACUGACUCUGGGCUUUUGCUGACCAGGGUUUGUUUAAUACACUCCAUUCUAGGCCAAAUCAGGACAAAAAGAAAAGAUCCGAAUCUAGGUAUUUUAUAAUCUGCUUUUUAACCUCUAACCGCAGAGCACGCUGAUCAGACCUCAUAUCUCGGAGGUGUAGGAGACAAGUUAGAACUGUAGCACGUACCCGUUCAUUUUGUUUAAUUUAUGGUGUCUUACGUCUGUGUUAGUGCGUCUUGCACACAUAACGAGCGUUGAAAGAAAGGAGGAAAGAGUAGGCCGCGAAGGUCGCCGCAGGCAGAUCUGGGGCCACACAGGGCCCCUCGUAGGCAGCAGUCUUUCCACGACACAGAAGGCACCGCACCUCACACCACUCUCCCGGGCACCUGAUGGACUGAGCCCCACCAGGGGAUGCCGCUCCCUGGGCCUGGGCAGGGCUCGCGCGCGCACGCGCUCUCUCACUCGCGCUCUCUCCCUUUCUCCCUCUUUCUCUCUCUCCCUCUCCCUCUCUUUCUCCGUGUCUCUCUCUCUCUCUCUCUCUCUCUCUCUCUCUUUCUCUCUCUCCCCCCCUCCUCCCUUUCUUCCCACCACAAGCACUGAUGACUGUUGACGUCGUGGGAAGCCUCCUUCCUUCCCUGCAGAAGAGAGAACGUGGCAGUCUGGGCUCGGCUCCCACCCCCGUAGAGAUGGCCCAAAAACUCACACCAAAACGCUGAUGCUCUUCGCUUCCAGACCAGACCAUUGGCCCUCCAUUCAUUUUGCCUCUUGGAACGUUCUUUUAUGCACAGUUUAGGGCAGUCUAAGUACAAAUCAAAAGUCUAACUUGUCUCUGAUUCCUCCUGUCGUCUAUGUGUAUAUGCGUGAGAACAGAGGUGGAUGAGAGUGUGCGUGUGUGCGUGUGUGCAAUUUUAUACGUCUGUGUAUUUUCUUAAGUACCUGUGCACACAUAGAGUGCAUUACUGCCACCUUUUUUCAAUAAGCUGUUUUAUCAGUUAUGGCUUCUACAAGUUUGCUAAUUUAGACUCCUUUAUUGCCAUAUCUUUAAACUAACAAUAGAUGAUUUCGGUAUAUAUAUAUAUUUUUUUUUGCUUAUUUAUAGGUGCUGUAUUUUAUUAUCUGAUUGUUAGGAAGGGAUGAGAGGGGCAAAUAUUCUUUAGAGGGAUAGACUGCCGGCAGUAUUGGGUAUAAUUUACGAGAUGUAGUUGUCAUACUGUAUAUUACUGAUUGAAACCUUUUUGACCGUAUUGUGUAUCAUUGAAACCUUUGUCUUAGGUCAACAUCUUUGGAUGACA